AUGAGAACCAUUAUUGGCCCACACAAUGUAAUUGGUUUUUCUACUGUACAUAAUGGUAGAAUCUAUCAGUUGAAGCUGUUCUGUGAUAAAGAUUAUCCUAAGAAGCCACGAAGCGUCCGGUUUCAUUCGAGUAUCACCAUGACUUGUGUUAACCACGAAACUGGAGUGGUGGAACCAAAGAAGUUUGGACUUGUGGCAAAUUGGCAGAGGGAGCAUAUACUGACACAGCUGAAAAAGUAG